AUGGAACCUUGGAAAGUGGUACCUCGGGAAAAUGGAACCUUGAAAAGUGGUACCCCGGGAAAAUGGAACCUUAGAAAGUGGUACCACGGAAAAAUGGUACCUUGGGAAAAUAGUACCUUGAAAAAUGGUACCUUGGGAAAAUGGCACUUCGGGAAAAUGGAACCUUGGAAAGUGUUACCUCGGGAAAAUGGAACCUUGAAAAGUGGUAACCCGGGAAAAUGGAACCUUGAAAAGUGGUACCCCGGGAAAAUGGAACCUUGGAAAGUGGUACCUCGGGAAAAUGGCACUUCGGAAAAAUGGAACCUUGGAAAGUGGUAUCCCGGGGAAAUGGAACCUUGGAAAGUGGUACCUCGGGAAAAUGGUACCUUGGGAAAAUAG